CCUCACGCAAUCACACUUUUCUUUUUCUCUCGUAUAUUCCGAUUCAAAAUUCUGUCCAUUGAUCGGAGAUAGGGAAGCAGAAUCCCCAAUGUCGGGGAAAUUAGGGUCGUUCCGGCAGAGCUUUGCCGACAAGAGGGAGAGGGAGAGGCUUCUGUCCCCCAGAGACUCCCCCGGUUUUCCGCAUUCUCUCGAUACGCCCAAGUGCUGCGGCGGCGGCGGCCUAGGGUUUUGUUCGGCGCUCCGGAACAAGGGCGUGGAGCUAUGGGAGAGCCUCCGGAACGUCGCCGGGAACGCGUGGCAGAUGGGCCGGUCUGACCCGAGGAAGGUGGUCUUCUCCGCCAAGAUGGGCCUGGCGCUGAUGCUCAUAUCUCUGCUCAUCUUCUUCAAGGAGCCCGUCGCGGAGCUCAGUAAAUACUCUGUGUGGGCUAUUCUUACUGUUGUUGUUGUUUUUGAGUUCAGCAUAGGUGCCACUCUAAGCAAAGGUUUUAACCGUGGAUUGGGGACAUUGUCAGCCGGAGGACUUGCCCUUGCAAUGGCUGAGUUAUCUCAGUUGGCUGGAGAUUGGGAAGAAGUUGUUAUAAUCAUAGGCAUAUUCAUCAUAGGUAUGUGCAUAACGUAUGCUAAAAUGUACCCGACGGUAAAGCCAUAUGAAUAUGGGUUUCGAGUCUUUUUAAUAACAUAUUGCUUCAUAAUGGUGUCGGGCUAUCGCACCAGAGAAUUUGUUCACACAGCUGUCACUCGAUUCCUACUAAUUGCACUUGGUGCUGGUGUCUCUUUGGCGGUUAAUAUCUGCAUUUAUCCCAUCUGGGCUGGUGAGGAUCUUCACAACCUCGUGGCAAAGAAUUUCAAGGGCGUUGCAUCUUCAUUAGAAGAUUGCAUCAAUGGGUAUCUAAAUUGUGUUGAAUACGAGAGGAUCCCUUCAAAAAUUCUUACCUACCAAGCAUCUGAUGAUCCCGUCUACAGUGGGUAUAGAGCAGCGGUAGAAUCGACAAGCCAGGAGGAGGCUCUGAUGGGAUUUGCGAUAUGGGAGCCACCCCAUGGUCCUUACAAAAUGUUUAAAUACCCAUGGAGAAACUAUGUCAAGCUCAGUGGGGCAUUAAGGCACUGUGCAUUCAUGGUCAUGGCACUGCAUGGGUGUAUACUUUCGGAAAUACAGGCUCCUGCCGAAAGAAGACAAGUAUUCCGUAGUGAGCUCCAAAGGGUAGGUGUGGCAGGUGCUGCAGUGCUGAGAGGUCUUGUGGAGAAGGUGAAAAAGAUGGAGAAAUUGGGCGGGGUAGACAUACUGGGCGAAGUUCAUGAAGCAGCAGAAGAGUUGCAAAACAAGGUUGAUAAGAAAUCUUACCUUCUUGUCAACGCCGAUAGCUGGGAAAUUGGCGAGAGGCAACAUGCCAAAGUCAAUGUUCCCCAAGAAUUUUUUACCUUGGAUGAUGACACCGUCACCAAUGGACAUUAUGUCAAGUCCCUAAGCGAAGCAGGACUUGAUCUAACUUCCAUCCAAAUGCCAAUGAGUUGGGAUGAUGGGAAAUACUUGAUGAAUUCAUGCCACAAGCCAAUGGUAGGAAUCACAUCUGAGAAGCACGAACCAAAGUGUUCAAACACGGUAGCCCACAAAGAAGAGGAAUCUAGGACGUACGAGAACGCGAGUGCCUUGUCAUUGGCAACGUUCACCUCACUACUCAUUGAAUUUGUCGCAAGACUCCAAAACCUCGUCGAUGCAUUCGACGAGCUAAGUGAGAAAGCCAAGUUCAAGGAACCUGUUGAAUUAAUUUCUAACAAAGAUGAGAAUAUUGGGUUUUUGUCUAGGGUGACACAGUAUUUGAUGUUGUGGAAAAGAGAUGAAGGCUUGCCAGUUGGAGAGAAUAUAGUUUGAUUGGGAAGCCAAGGAAGAUCCCACAGUGCCAAGUUGUAAAAUGAUUGUCUAAUUAUAAACUGUGUAGUAGUUAUUAUAAUAAAAUGCACCACUUUUCCUUGCUAAGGGAGUAAGCAAUGUGAUAGCUCUUUAACUUCCAACAUUUUCCAACUCCUUUUAGUUUUUCCAACUUCUUCCAGUUUUUAUAACUUCUUCUAGUUUUUCUAACUUUUUCUUGUUUCCUCCAAUGUCCAACUCUGAAGAAAUGUAGAGUUAAAUA